UAUAGACAAACCGGACUCUUUUCUUUUUUAACAUAUCAUCUACCACUCACACCUAAAAGCAUCUCCAUCUCACAACCAUGCCCCUCUCCUCCAAAGUCGUCAUCGUCACCGGCUCCGCCAGCGGUCUCGGCCGCUGCAUCGCCGAAACCUUCCUCUCCCGCGGCGCCAGCGUCACAAUCUGCGACGUCAACAAGGAGCGCCUCGCCACCGCCUCAUCAGAGCUCUCAGCCAGCUUCUCCCCAGAACGCCUCCUCGCGGUGCAAGUCGACGUUACGGACGAGAAAUCCGUCCAGUCGCUCGUAGAGCAGACCGUCCAGCGCUUCCACCACAUCGACGUCGUUGUCAACAACGCGGGAAUCAUGGACAAGUUCGCUCCUGUUGGCGACUGCGACACAGGGAUGUGGGAUUCCAUCCUCAACGUAAACCUCACAGGUGCUUACUUCGUCACCAAGCACGCCAUGCCGCAUCUGCUGGCUCGCGCAGAGGAACGUGGAGGCGGCGAGCAAGGCAGUCUCGUCAUCAACAUCGGUUCCACGGCGUCCUUCUCGGGCCUGACUGCCGGAGUGGCCUACACCGUCUCCAAGCAUGGCCUCGUUGCCAUGACGAAGCACACAGCGGGCUAUUAUGGCCCCCGGGGCGUGUACUCGGUUGCGCUGCAGCCCGGUGGCAUGAAUGAGACGAGGAUUACUGAUGCGUUUUCGUCGGGCAUGCAUAAAGAGGGACUCAUGGCCAUCAAGGAAGCGCAUCCCAAGACGAUCAAUGUACCCAUCAAUCAUGUGGCCAGAUACGCAGCGUUUCUGAGCGAGGACGGCAUUGGUCAGAGUUCGAAUGGAGGCUGCAUCACCAUCACUGGUAACUGGCCUGAAGCGUAAGUAACAAAGUGAUACUCAAUAGCAUCAACGGGAGAGGAAGAAACAUAAUAGAUAAACAGAAGGGGACACGGGAUACCGGCUAGAAUAGAUCUGUUUGACAACUUGCAAUCCAAAAUAAUAAAGGAGAAAAAAACCUAUCUUUCAUAUUCUGUUCAUACACAUUAAAGCGCAAGCCUCUGAAGCAACAGCGCGCGCUACCUAUUAAUAAAUCCAGCACGUGGUGUCCGUGAUCUAUCACCUCUAAUCGCAUGGACAUUUCUACAAGAACGCCUCCCACUUUCGGUUGAUCUGCUUCCUCCGAACCAUCGGUGCCAAAAUCACCACUCCCCAUGUGAGCGCCACCACUGUAGCCAGUAAAGUGAUCUUGUUGAAUCCCUUGCCUAGGAUAUCAA